GGGUGCCUUGUGGCGGCUUCAGCAGGAUAGCUGAGCUUGCUUGGAAAGUUCUGUUUUUCUCUGAGCGCUGCUGCUGGGUUCUAGGAGACAAGUUCUUGCAAGCUCCCAAUUCGAAACAUGGUUUGAUCUUCUCAUUGUGUCCUGGAUUUCCUGUAUGGGUGUACUGACCUGUGAUGAUUUACACAUAAACUUCACUUGGGAAGAGUGGUCCUUGCUGGAUUCAUCUCAGAAGAGACUUUACAAAGAUGUGAUGGUGGAGACCUACAGGAACCUCACUGCUAUAGGAUACAGUUGGGAGGACCAUAAUAUUGAAGAACAUUGUCAAAGUGAUAGAAGACAUGGAAGGCAUGUAAGAAGUCAUGCUGGAGAGAAAUCAUAUGAAUAUACACAAUGUGAUAAAGCCUUCACAGGUCACAGUCAUCUUCAAAAGCGCAGAAGAAUUCAAACUGGAGAGAAAUCCUCUGAAGCACGUAGUAGUCUACAAAAACGUAAAAGAACAGAUACUGUUGACAGACUCUACAAAUGUAAUCAAUGUGAAAAAGCCUUUUCACAACACAGGUAUCUUCGAAUACAUGAAAGAACACAUACUGGAGCGAAACUCUAUGAAUGCAAUCAAUGUGAAAAAGCCUUUUCACGACACAGGUAUCUUCGAAUACAUGAAAGAACACAUACUGGAGAGAAACUCUAUGAAUGUAAUCAGUGUGGUAGAGGCUUUUUAUGUCACAGUCAUCUUCAGACACAUAAAGUAGUACAUACUGGAGUGAAACCCUAUGAAUGUAAUCAGUGUGAUAAAGCCUUUGCACAUAAGAGUACUUUGAUUAUGCAUAAAAGAACACAUACUGGAGAGAAACCUUAUGAAUGUAAUCAAUGUGGCAGAACCUUUGCACAUCAGAGUACUUUGGUGUUGCAUAAAAGAACACAUACUGGAGAGAAACCUUAUGAAUGUAAUCAAUGUGGUAAAGCCUUUGCACAUCAGCGCACUUUGGUGUUGCAUAAAAGAACACAUGCUGGAGAGAAACCUUAUGAAUGUAAUCAAUGUGGUAAAGCCUUUGCACAAAGCAGUCAUCUCCGAACACAUAGAGUAGUACAUACUGGAGAGAAGCCCUACAAAUGUAAUCAGUGUGAUAAAGCCUUUACACAACAAAGUCAUCUCCGAAUACAUGAAAGAACACAUACUGGAGAGAAACCUUAUAAAUGCAAUCAGUGCAGUAAAUCAUUUGUAUGUCUCAGUCAUCUGCAGACUCAUGAAAGAACACAUACUGGAGAGAAACCUUACAAGUGUAAUCAAUGUGAUAAAACCUUUUCACAACACCCUAGUCUCCGAAUUCAUCAAAGAGUACAUACUGGAGAGAGACCCUACAAAUGCAAUCAAUGUGAUAAAGGUUUUUCACAAAGUGGUACUCUCCAAAUUCAUCUAAGAACACACACUGGAGAGAAACCCUAUGAAUGUACACAAUGUGGUAAAGUUUUUGCAUAUAGCAGUACUCUCCAAUACCAUAAAAGGAAUCAUACUGAAGAAACCCUAUGAAUGUAUUCACUGUGGUUGAAGUCUUCAAAAACAUACAAUAGUUUCUAAAAACAUAAGCAGAAUCAUCAUUAUAGGGAGACAAACUCAAAGGUAUUUGACAUAGUCACGUCUUUGGACAUGUGUGUAGUCUUCACCAUCAUGAAAGAAUUUAUACUAAAGAGAAACCAUAUAAACAGAAGAAAUGUGCUUUUUGCAAUGCAGUUAUCUCUUAACGUAGAAAAGAACAGAUAUAAGAGAGAAAUGCCACAAGUAUAAUAGAAGUGACAAAGCCUUUUUACAACACAGUUUUCUCGGAAUACAUUAAAGAAAAUAUAUUGCUGAGAAUGUAAUCAAUGUGGUAAACCCAUCGAGUAAUAUGGUCUUCUUGGAAUAAAAGAACACAUCCUAGAGAGCCUUAUUUUUUAUUAUGGCAGCUUGCUAUUUUUGUAACAUGGUGAUUUGGUUGAACACAAUAAAGUACAGUAGUAACUGA